CUUGCACAGAUACGUUCCAAGCUUCCAAACAUUGUUACACGCUGGGGAAAAGUGCGAAUUGCCGAGAGUAGUGUUGCAAUACGCUCAGCUGUCGCAUCUCAAACAGGAGUUGGGAGGCAGAGGGACUCGUCCUAUGUCAGAGUAUGUGGUGAGCCACCUACAGUCCUGCAAGUGUUUUAUGGCCGACUCAUGGCGAUUUAUGCCUGCCAGCUAUCCAACGAUAAUGUCUGGGGGGAAAUGGCAGGCACGACCAGGUUACUUGCAUCUAUGGAGAUGUGUCACACUGGUGGGAAGGAUGCCAGAAAGGAAGUCACAGAAUACGACCGUACUUCCGGCCCAAAUAUCACAGAUCUCCAGACAAUUGAAGGCAUUGUUGGGAGAGUUCACACAAGGGGAAGAUGGGCCAUAAUAGAGAAGUCAAGAGACGAGGCACAAACUGUCUUUCUGGACACUGAAGUUGCAGAGAUGACCAGGGUUGUGGAGGAGGAUGACUCUGAUUCAGACUAG